UGAUGGCGGAUGCCAAGUAUGUCCUCUGCCGAUGGGAAAAGCGAUUAUGGCCUGCAAAGGUUUUGGCCCAAACCGAGACUUCAACAAAAAAUAAGAGAAAAAAGGAACAUUUUCUGGAUGUUCAAAUCCUCUCCCUAGAGGAAAAGUUAAGUGUUGUGUUGUUUUAAUACUGUUUUCUUAAUACUGUGUAGAUUUCUGAUACUUCAAUCCCCUACUCCCCCAAAACAGUUGAAGCCCACUCUUAAUGGGCUUAUUCACCAUUUAUGUAAUUCAUUAAUGCUCAUAAUAACCUCAUGAGAAAGCAACUAGUUUGAUUUUAUGUCAGUUUGGAAGCUGAAGAUCCAAACGAGGCAUUCUGUGGUAUCUAUGGAGAGAUUGGUACAAACAUUGAAUACAUGUAAAUUAUACUCAGGGUAGACCCUAUUUGUGGGUAAAAUAGGGAUAUUUCCUUUUUUUUUUUUUUUUUUUGACUAUUUCUUAAUCAGUGCCAUGCCAGAAAAAUAGGGAUAUUUCCUUCCCAGAGAUCUGUGUGUCUUUUUUCAGGAACGUCUGUGACAGGCCCAUCAAUUUUGAAAUAUUUGGUUUUUGAGCCUGUCACUCUAAACUAGUGUUUAACGUUCAAAAGGCAAAUAACUGAUGACCAGGCGGCACAUUGUUCUGCUCCGUGAGUGUCUGGCACUGGGAAGGUGUAGAUCGUCUAGAAUGACGGUGAUUCUGAUGCCCCAGUCAGUCCUGUGUGAUUGUGGCGAGGGCGCGUCUGGCACUAGGAACGUGUAGAUCAUCUAGAAUGACGGCGAUUCUGAUGCCGCAGUCAGUCCUGUGUGAUUGUGGCGAGGGCGCGUCUGUCGUGAGAAUUCGCAGUUCUGAAGAGAGCAAGGAGACUGAUCCCGCGCAGUCCAAGCCAUUGGCUCCCCUGUUGCUCUUCCUUGUGGAGCUCCCCCUGCCCCACUCCUUCCUGCCUGCAUCUUCACAGCUGCCUCGGAAGCUCACUUGGUCCCUAGCUCACACUUUCCUGCGGCUGGGAAGAAUUAAGGUGAAAAGCACUGAAGCUGAGAUCCUAGAGAAGUCUCAAAUUGAAGCCAUUGCUUCCUCGUUAGCCUCGCAGAAUGAGGUGCCUGCGGCACCCCUGGAAGAACUGGCCUACAGACGGUCGCUCCGCGUGGCUCUGGAUGUUCUGAGCGACGGGCCCAUUUGGAGUCAAGAAAGCUCUGCAGGGACAGGUAGAGCCAACCGGUCUCUGCGAGGGAAGCCCAUGGAACACGUCUCCUCACCCUGUGAUUCGAACUCCUCAUCUCUUCCCCGCGGAGACGUGUUGGGCAGUUCCAGACCUCACAGGAGGAGGCCAUGCGUGCAACAAAGCCCGUCAAGUUCGUUCACUUGUGAAAAGGACCCCGAGUGCAUAGUGGACCACAAGAAGGGGCUCAGGAGAAGUGAAAACCCAAGAGGCCCGUCGGUCCUCCCAGCUGGAGGUGGUGCCCAGGAUGAGAGCGGGUCCAGAAUCCACCACAGAAAUUGGACUCUUGCGAGUAAGCGGGGAAGAAACUCAGCACAGAAGGCUAGCCUGUGCCCGAGUGGAUCUUCCCUUUCAGAGGACGACGCGGAGAGAGACAUGGGGAGCAAAGGAGGCAGCUGGGCAGCCCCGUCCUUGCCCUCCGGGGUCAGGGAGGACGAUCCCUGUGCCAACGCUGAGGGACACGACCCCGGUCUGCCCUUGGGCAGCCUCACUGUGCUCCCAGCCCCUGAGCCCUUGGCCUGCUCAGAGCCUGGAGAAUGCCCAGCAAAAAAGAGGCUGCGCCUGGAUGGCAGCCAGAGGCCGCCUGCCGGGCAGCUGGAGCCCAGGGCAGCAGGGGCCGCACCAUCCCCCGGGCUGGGGUUGGGGCCCAGAGAGUCUAUGACCCUGCGCAGCACCGCUAGGCUCGGCCCGCCUCCCUCCCACACCUCUGUGGAUGAAACCAGAUGUCCUCCUUGCCCGGAUUCCCAGAAGCUGGAGAAAGACUGCCAGUCUUCCGAAGAGUCCAUGGGGUCUAAUUCCAUGCGUUCUAUCCUGGAGGAAGAUGAGGAAGACGAGGAGCCACCAAGAGUCCUUUUAUACCAUGAACCACGUUCGUUCGAAGUAGGAAUGCUAGUCUGGCUUAAAUAUAAAAAAUACCCCUCCUGGCCAGCAGUGGUCAAAAGCGUCAGGCAGAGAGAUAAGAAAGCAAGUGUGCUGUACAUCGAAGGACACAUGAACCCGAAAAUGAAAGGUUUCACAGUGUCUCUUAAAAGUUUAAAGCACUUUGAUUGUAAAGAGAAACAGAUGCUUCUGAACCAAGCCAGGGAGGACUUCGACCAGGCCAUCGGCUGGUGCGUCUCCCUCAUCACCGACUACAGGGUCCGGUUAGGCUGCGGGUCUUUUGCUGGCUCUUUCCUGGAAUAUUACGCGGCUGAUAUAAGCUAUCCUGUCCGAAAAUCCAUCCAGCAGGACGUCCUGGGGACCAAGUUUCCUCAACUGAGCAAGGGGAGCCCCGAGGAGCCCGUGGUGGGGUGGCCCCUGGGGCAGAGGCAGCCCUGCCGGAAAGUGCUCCCCGACCGCUCGCGGGCCGCCCGGGACCGGGCCAACCAGAAGCUGGUGGAGUACAUCGUGAAGGCCAAGGGCGCGGAGAGCCACUUGCGGGCCAUCCUGAAGAGCAGGAAGCCGUCUCGCUGGCUGCAGUCCUUCCUGAACUCCAGCCAGUACGUGACCUGCGUGGAGACCUACCUGGAGGAUGAGGGGCAGCUGGACCUGGUGGUGAAGUACCUGCAGGGCGUCUACCAGGAGGUGGGUGCCAAGGUGCUCCGGCGCACCAACGGCGACCAGAUCCGGUUCAUUCUGGACGUGCUUCUGCCCGAGGCCAUCAUCUGUGCGAUCUCUGCGGUGGACGAGGUGGACUACAAGACGGCCGAGGAGAAGUACAUCAAGGGGCCUUCGCUGAGCUACCGGGAAAAAGAAAUAUUUGACAACCAGCUCCUUGAAGAGCGGAACCGGCGCCGUCGGUGAUGGAGCAGCCGGCUGUGCUGUCAGCGGGGCCUGGCGGUGGAGGCGCCUCCAGUGUGUGUGAGCGUGUCUGAAGAUGGGGGCUCGGGGGCACAUUUGCGUUUGGACCUGUCUGUGCGUUCUCCUGCGUGGCAGUCCUGAUUUCCAUACUUCUGGAGAAUCCAUUUCGUUAACAUUGAAAGCCAGUUCUCUUUUUCUGGCAGUUUUUUUCAUUUUAUUUUUGGCAUUUUUUACAAGAUACCGUUCGGGAAAGGCUUUUGAAAGGACGGAAGCAUAUUCACUGUGUGCCAGUACUCGUGGCUGUGCUGUGCUUUCUCCCGAUGUGCACGUUUAUCUCGUAUGUGUGGCAUCUGAUAUUAAACGGGAGGAUUUAAGAAGCGUCUGCCGUGAUUAUGGAGCUUCGGAAGUGGGAAUGGUUCUUCCGGGUUUGCUGUUUUGUGUAUUUCCCCCUGUGUGGUUUCCGCCUGUGAUGGUUGCAGAAUUUGCUCUCCCACUCACUGUGCUCUGCAGCUGUGAGGAAACAGCCUUCGUUAGAGGCGGGAGCAGAGACGAGCCGCUGCUCUGUGUCGUGUUUGCCGUGGCCGCAGGGAGAAGAGCGGGACACGCACCUUUCCAGGGGCCUCGGUGCUCCGCACUGUGUGUGAGUGGACCGCAGCGUGCAGCCACAUGCCCUGGCUGCCAUGGGCCAGACCACCUCCACCUCCCCUGCCCGCCUGGCCUGUCCUGAGUGAAUUUCCCUGCACUGUGUUGUCACUGCAUGGCCAGUCACCGCCGUCUCAGUCGUCGGCCCGGAUGGCUAUGCUGGGGUCCCAGGGUGGCCGCAGCAGUCAGGGUCACUGUGGGAGCCAUAGGGUGGUGUGAGAAAAUGCAUUGUCCUGUGCCCGCCAUCACAGAAGCACAGCCUUUGUGUGGGAGCCCAACCGCGCUCCCGUCUGGAGAAACGGCUUCCAGGAUGUGGCUGCCAGCUCGGCUCUGGUCCACAACACGGUGCCCGGGCCACAGGUUGUUGAAGGCUGUGACUCCGUGGGGCUCAGCCAGGCUCCAGCAGGGUCAGAUGUGCUGUUAAGAGCAAAGCCACAGACGAUGAAUUGUUCAUUCUCAGCAGAUGCUCCAGGCUGCACCUAGACAGCAGUGCUGGUGAAAUUUCCAGGGUUCCAGGGCCCAGUGGCCUGGGGGCUGCUUUCUCCCCACUGGCUGGGCUGCAUCUGGCCCGAGCUGGAGGCCUUGCUUUGAGGGGCUGUGACCCUCUUCCCCCAGGCCCUCACCAGCUGACCACAGCCACCGGAGAGGAGAUCAGAACACGAUUGUCUCGGAUGCAGGUCACUGAGCAGGACGGAGCCACAAGGACUCUCAUAUUGGGCCCUUGGGACUCGGGAGGUGCCAAAGGUGGCCGCUGCUCUGAACUCGGUGUUCACUGGCCUUUGUUGCGCUUGAUUCUGCUCAAUUCCGAGACCAGGAAACCCGGCCCUGGCAGCUCUGCCUCCUACCCGCACGCUGGGGUCUGUCUUGUCUGGAGCAGUGGGGCAGACCCCAGAGGAGGCAGGGGUCAGGGUCGUCGGCCUUGGUCCCCUACUGGUCGCUCUUUCGGGGACUCCGGGCGGCCAGUACCACCGCCUGAGGCGGGGCUUAGCGUUGCACGUACGGGCCUCGUACUGCCUCAUGGAAAAUCCCCCCGAGCCGCCCUCCAUUGUGGAUUCCUGAGGGUAGGACACAUCGCCACGGUUUUGUGGGAAUCACGCACCCCUGCUGGAACUUUUCUGCUGUUGUGAAGUACUUUUACCCAUUUGCUUGUCUGCUGACCUUGCCAAGUUGUUCAAGGUGGAAUUAAACAUCUCCCAGAC